GGAUCGUCAGUACAUGUCAUGAACAAUCUCUUCAAGGAUACGCACCAUGGCUUCGACAAGACUCUCUGGCGUAGAGGCGACUGGAGGGACAAUGGUCGCAUAAGCGGACGGAUACUUCUUGCUGCCGACGCCAUAUUGUGUAGUGGAUGUGUGUGUAUGUGUGAAAGAGGGAAGGCAAAGGCGAGUGAGAAUUUGAGAGCAGAGAAGGUCAAAUGUACAAAGGCAAAAAAGAUGAUAUAGAUCUUCAGCGGCUAGUGCGGAAGACAACCAAGGGCCGGCCAAGUUGAUGCAGGAGCAGCGGACGACCGAAUCAUCCAUCACAUGCGGGGACUUCGGAACCGAGGCAUCACUCCAUCUGGGGUCUCCGCGCCCUGUCGCCCUGUCGUUUACGGUGCGAGCCAACCCUAUUCUUCUCUCACUUACCAUACCGACUCUGAUACUGAAGGACCAUAUCAAAGGCACUGAUAUGGAGAUUGAACAAUGUCAGAGGCUUUGUUUCAAAGCGUCGGAUCUGCUCAAUCUCGAGACUCUCGUUGACAUCAGAGUCAGUGCUUCUCAAUCUCUAUGCAUCGUACCUGCCUCGGGACUCGGUGACAUGAGAGUCAGUGCAUCUCGACGCCGACGAACACAAGAUGAGAGGACGAAAAGGGCAUUGCUUCCGAACGAAAAGGGUAUCGCACAGCGGGUACAACCUAAUCUUGAUAUCAAAGAUGCGAAGCCACCGAAUGCUUUUGACAUGCCCUCAGACUUGACAUUGAGAGCCGCUGUAUGCUUCUGGGAUUUGAGCAUCAAGCUGAUAGGUGAAUCCUCGAGUUUAGCCAUGAUGUAAUUUAAAAGUGUCGUUUGAUAUACCAUCGUCCUGGCACGUCAGAGCCAGACCGUGUAAGAAGGACAACAACCUCCAUCUAGUUCGGUCUAAACUUAUUCCUCCUCAUCUUCAUAGCUUCCACCUUUUUCCUAUCCUCCUCAAAGCCCUUGAGCAACUCAUUGGCCUUUUCCUUGCGCUUCUCACGCAUCUGGAAGCGGUAAAAGUCUUCCUUGCCCUUUGCUUUCUCCUUUUGC